ACACGUUCACAGAGAAGUGUAUGGUCGAGUUAUAGCCGCUGCUUGUCCUAUUACGCAUCCAGCAGUAUACACAAAAGCGCUACGCAUCAUUUGCUGCACACGAUAUUGAUUAGAGGAACAAUAGCCAUGGAGUAUAGAUGAUGUCGGAGAAGAAGAAACUCAAAUUGCGCUUGUGAAAUGUACAGCAGCAAUGAAUCAGAAAGGAAUUUUAAGUGUUGUUUUCACAACAGGUAUUUUAGCAGUGACAGCUGUUGCAUUAGAUCAUGACAUAUCUAAAAGAGAGACAUCAACAAACAACGUCACCACGUACAACGCUAUCUAUGGCUAUAAGGAGUAUAAAGAACUUAAUCCAGACAAAGAACCGACCUUAUGUUUUGACAAGAAAGGUGUUGAUGUGAAUGGGUCAGUAUUCAAUAACUUUACGUGUCCACUUCCUGCUCAUGACACAGGACUGACCGACUGCUGUAACAAUACCUGCUGUAGGCCAAAGGUUGUCAAGAAAAGCGGCGCGGAGGAUACAUCGGUCACUGUUGCUGUGACUAUAGUGGUGGUCUGUGCUGUAGGAAUUAGUGUCUGUAUGGUCCUGUACUGCUGUUGCUGCCAGAAACGACCCGGAAUCCAUGAGGGAAAACUUGUCUGGAUCAAAAAGAAAAAGGACAAAAUUGUUUAUGAAGAGGGUGGAUUGACGCCGGAUGCUGGGAGUCCUGAUAAGGAUAAUGAGGACGAAGAAGUGCUGGGGUUUGUUUAUGCUCCGGAUGAGAAAGGUCACGCCGAUCACUCUCUCGAGAAGCCUCUAGAAGUAGACACACCCACUACCCAGAGAAGGAUACUGCCCGAGGGUAAAGAGAAGAACGGUGGGGUGGAUAAAGCUGAGAGAGAUCUGACGAUUCCUCUCAUUACAAUCCGUAAACCCAGCACAGCAGGUCAAAUGCAGGACUCCUGAAUCGCUUCCUAUUGUUAGAUAGAGAUUGAUUGAGCAACGAGACAAGCAUUUUGAGAUCUAGUUAACCGAUAUGCAACACAAUUUUCUUUCAUUGUUUCGUGUUUCCUAAAUAAAUUGCUUGAACAAUGAUUUUUAAAAGACAAAACAAGUAUUUAGAGUUUUCAUUCAUGUGUGACCUUAUACAUGUAUGUCCAUACAUUUUUAUACAUGUUCAUGUAUUUAGGACUGGUUCAUUAUUGGUUCAUUAGAUAUAUGAAGAAUAUUGAAUAUAGGACACAUGAGAAUGGAAAUGACUGUGUUUUAAUUUAGUUUAAAAUAUUUAUUACAUUUAUUCAUAGUAAUUUUCUUGCAUGUGCAAGCAUAAUUUUAUCCCCCUCCCAACGGAGUUGGAGGGGAUAUAAUAGUAGUAUCGCAAUCGUGUGUGUUAUAUUGUGGGUGAGUGAUCUAGUGUUGUGUGAAGCAGAAGUGACGUGAUUUAAAUCCCUUGUUGCCAUUGUAACUUUGUCGAUGUCUUUAAUUCUUCCAACUUUUAGUUGUCAAAUAUUCUGUGUAACAAAAGGGGAGUUAGGAUGUUAGGCAUCUGUUAUAGUAUAAAUGUGAGAUGAUAUAUGUCUUCUUGUGUGCAAGUAUUUUGAUUGGGAACAUGUUUUAAGGAAGGGUGUUCUUUGUGUAUUACUGUAUAAUUUUUACAUGCAAUAAAUUUAAUGAAAUUUGAUCACGCAUUUGUGCAUGUACCUCGCACCAAAGUCUUCUGAUAAUUUUUUUAAAAUGACUUCCUCGUGUCACGAAUUUAUGAAAUAAAAUAAUU